AGGAAAGUGCUUAAAAAACACGUGAAGUAGAGUAAUAGGAGCUGGAGUCAUACAGAAUCUGCAGGAAGACCGUCGAGGGACUUGUCUGAGGAGAAGAAGAAUAUUUAGACUCCCCAAGUUCUUCAUCUACACAGCUGUUAAGUCCAAGGCAACUGUGGUAAAAGCAUGAAUAAAGAUACAUCUGCUGCACGCUCGUCCAGCCUACCUGAAAGGGACCCUGCCUUUCAAGUGAUCACUGUUACAAAGGAAACAGGUCUAGGUCUGAAGAUCCUAGGCGGUAUUAACAGGAACGAAGGACCUUUAGUAUACAUUCACGAAGUCAUUCCUGGAGGCGACUGUUACAAGGAUGGACGUUUAAAGCCAGGAGAUCAACUUGUCUCAGUAAACAAGGAAUCUAUGAUUGGUGUAUCAUUUGAAGAAGCAAAAAAAAUAAUUACUAGAGCCAAGUUGAGGUCAGAAUCGCCUUGGGAGAUAGCAUUUAUCAGACAAAAAUCAUACUGUAGCCAUCCAGGGAAUAUUUGCUGUCCGUCCCCAUUACAAGCAUCAGAAGACUGUGGACCUCAAACCUCAACAUUCAGUCUCCUUUCCCCUCCCGCUGAAAUACUAGUUCCAAAGAUUUCAUCUACUUCCAAGACUCAGGACUUCACUUUACCUAAAGCAAUUCAGACAGAACCUGGAUGCAGUAAAGCAGAGCAUACUCCAGGUACUUCUUUGAACAGCAGCCCUACAGAUACGUCUAAGCCAGAUACUGCUCCUGCUUGGACUGAUGAUGAGUCUGGACCACGAGGAAAGAAAAUUUCCCUAAAUCCUUCUGUUCGCCUUAAGGCAGAGAAACUGGAAAUGGCCCUCAAUUACCUCGGUAUCCAGCCAACAAAGGAACAACAUGAAGCCCUGAGACAGCAAGUCCAGGCCGACUCAAAGGGGACAGUGUCUUUUGGAGAUUUUGUCCAGGUUGCCAGAAAUUUGUUUUGCUUGCAGUUGGAUGAAGUGAAUGUUGGUGUCCAUGAAAUCUCCAGCAUCUUAGACUCACAGCUUCUUCCCUGUGAUUCUCUAGAAGCAGAAGAAAUGGGGAAACUUAGACUAGAAAGAAAUGCUGCUCUGGAAGAACGGAAUGUGCUUAAGGAGAAAUUACUUGAAUCUGAGAAACAUAGGAAGCAACUGAUAGAAGAGCUCCAGAACGUGAGACAAGAAGCCAAGGCUGUGGCUGAAGAAACCCGAGCUCUGCGGAGCCGGAUCCAUCUUGCUGAAGCUGCACAGAGGCAGGCGCAUGGGAUGGAAAUGGACUAUGAAGAGGUGAUCCGUCUGCUCGAGGCUGAGGUCUCAGAGCUAAAGGCUCAGCUUGCUGAUUAUUCUGACCAAAAUAAAGAAAGUGUCCAGGACUUGAGAAAGAGAGUCACAGUUCUUGACUGCCAAUUGCGAAAAUCAGAAAUGGCUCGGAAAACUUUUAAGGCAUCUACUGAAAGACUUCUUCAUUUUGUGGAGGCUAUUCAAGAAAUAGUUUUGGAUAGUUCUGCUCCUUUGUUAAAUUUAAGUGAAAGAAGAGCUGUGUUUGCAUCACAGACUUCGCUUCCACUACUGGGAAGGAAUGGACGCAGCUUCCCAGCAACGCUUCUUCUGGAAUCCAAGGAACUUGUGCGGUCCGUUCGUGCCAUACUUGAUAUGGACUGCUUACCUUACGGGUGGGAGGAAGCUUACACAGCAGAUGGAAUCAAGUACUUCAUCAACCACGUAACGCAGACCACAUCCUGGAUCCAUCCCAUGAUGAGUGUCCUGAGCCUGUCCUGCUCAGAGGAGAAUGAAGAGGACUGCCCCAGGGAGCUAACGGACCAGAAAAGCUGACGGCUUUGCAUAGGAAAUGGCGUUCCGGAGUCCUCUGGCU